UAAACAAGCUGGUUGUGUAAAGAAGUGUUUUUUUUCUGAAAAGUGCUUUUUGAUCCGUUCAACAUGCAACGAUUGGAAGGGAUAGCCAUAUUGGUUGUACUGGUGAGUUCUGUGGGAUAUUGUGAUGUAUCCCAUCUGCUAGGAGGACAUGUCAUAGUCGAAGAAGAGAUUACCACGCUUCCGCCUCCACCAAAGCCAUACGCAUUCAGCUAUGCUGCUGGUCGUCGACCUGGCCACAUUGAUCGUACCCACAGUGAAGUUUCGGAUGGAAGUGGUGUGGUUAAAGGAUCGUUUUCCUACGUCGAUCCAAGGAAUCAAGUGCGGACCGUUGAGUAUGUCGCCGAUGCUCAUGGAUUCUAUCCACAGUUGAGUCACCUACCGAAAUCUCCUCAGCAAACAGAAGCCGUCCAGAGAGCAGCCGAUAGACACAUGGCUCUGUACGCAAAAAUAGCUGCCGAACGAGCCAAUCCUCAUCAACCUGUUAUUGAAGCAUCUCUACCUCGAGAUACGGUAGCUGUGUCCAAGGCCAAAGACAGGCAUUUUACGCUGUACGAAAAAAUAGCUCAAGAACACGCUAGGAUUGCGGCAGAACGUGAAGCAGAACGACUCGCCUUCGAGGCAACGUCCGAAGUAAACGAUCUGCACUAAACUAACCGGCUUACAUGUGAAACUGGAAACUCGUCUAAGGGAUCAAUGCAAUGAUUGGACUUUCAAUUAGAAAACGAUUCGUACUGUACACUGCCGGCCAAAAGUUUGGGAUCACCCACUAAAAAACAUGCAAAUUUUGAUCGUUCAUAUCUCAGCCGUCUUAGGACAUAUUGAAAAUCUUCUGAUCUCAUUUGAAAGAUAAUGAGCAAUAACUAUCUCGGAGGUAUUUUGCCCAAAUUUAAUGUUUUAAGUUUUGAACUUAAAACUUAACCUGAAGUUAUACCAUUUUCAAAAAAUCGCCCUCAAUAUUCAAAGCCGAUCAUCUCGGGAUAGGGUGGACCAAAUCUCAAAAUUUGAGUGGCAUUAGAAUUCCUGUUCUUUACUUCUCAAAAGACAAUCAAAAAAUUUUGUGCAAAAAUUCAAAAACGUAUUUUUAAUUAAUAAAAUAGACACUUGAGUUAUCGUCCAAAAGUUUGGGAUCACCUCUUUGUAUGGUGAGUUUGGGAUCAUUCUUAUAAAAACAUGCAAAUUUGUUUUAUUCAUAUCUUUCUCAUCUCAAAUCGUAUUGCAGAUCUGAAGGGUUCUUUUGGAAGCCAAGGAAUUGUUGUUUUUUAAUAAAUUCAUUCAAAAAUUAUAUUUUGAAGUGAUAACCAUAAAAAAAUCACCUGAAUUUAAUUGUUUUUUUGAAAGUUCUCAGAUUUUUUUUAUAGUUCUCACCUUGAAAUAUAAUUUUUGAAUGAAUUUAUUUAAAACCAACAAUUCCUAAGCUUCCAAAUGAACCCUUCAGAUCUGCAAUACGAUGUGAGAUGAGAAAGAUAUGAAUAAAACAAAUUUGCAUGUUUUUAUAAGAAUGAUCCCAAACUCACCAUACAAAGAGGUGAUCCCAAACUUUUGGACGAUAACUCAAGUGUCUAUUUUAUUAAUUAAAAAUACGUUUUUGAAUUUUUUCACAAAAUUUUUUGAUUGUGUUUUGAGAAGUAAAGAUUAGGGAUUCUAAUGCCACUCAAACUUUAAGAUUUGGUCCACCCUAUCCCGAGAUGAUCGGCUUUGAAUAUUGAGUGCGAUUUUUUGAAAAUGGUAAAACUUUAGGUUAAGUUUUAAGUUCAAAACUAAAACAUUAAAUUUGGGCAAAAUACCUCCGAGAUAGCUAUUGCUCAUUAUCUUUCAAAUGAGAUCAGAAGAUUUUCAAUAUGUCCUAAGACGGCUGAGAUAUGAACGAUCAAAAUUUGCAUGUUUUUUAGUGGGUGAUCCCAAACUUUUGGCCGGCAGUGUAUAUACAAACGAACUUAAUACAUAUUUUUAUUGUUUUCGAACUGAACUUAAACUUUUCUUUUUCGCCCGUUCACAAGAUUUCGGAACCAAAUGUUAAAAAUGUUAGGUUGACCAUUUUGGCCGUUCCCUGGGGUCAAAUAAUCGCUGUAAUAAUCAUAAUCAGUUUCGCCGUCCUCAUAAUACACAUAUUCAUAUUCGACCCUUCGAUUGCCUCCGCCCAUUAGGGUACCGCCAGCCUGGCCUCGCAUUCCCGGACGCCGAACUCCCCCAUAGUCGAUAAUGGGAAUUUGCUCUGCAAUCAAUGCAGAACACAAUCAGAAAUUAAGUUACAAAUGUAAUACGAUCAAAAACUUACGUUGCUGAGUGUACCAAUAUCUGAUCGGUUCUACGGUUCUCAUUCCAUUAUAGCUGAAGGCAUUGUUGUUCACAACACUAGCCACCCUCCUUUUGCCAGUUA